CUGACAUUAUUUUACCUUCGAUGUCAAAUUUGGUAAAUAUUUAUGGCGUUUCCUUGAAUAACAUGACGAGAGACACCGUAAUGGAACUCUGCGUUUUAUCAUUUUGUACUAUUACAAUAUGUUAAUAUAAAGUGAAUAUUGAUACUGCGCCAUCAAAAUUGGAGAAAUCUAAGUCGGAACCGCUGGCUUUGCAAGCGGUGGCAGAUUUAUUUCGGCUCAGGUGGAACAAUAUGGCUUCUAGUGCUAGGCCUAACAUGGGCAUUAGGCCUAGUGAUGACCCGAGUCCGACAACCGAAGUAGUACCGUUUACGGAUUAUGAACAGGGUCAUCAUGGUCAUUAUUUUGUAAAGAAGACAUUUCAUAAGCCUACAUACUGUCAUCAUUGUACAGAUAUGCUGUGGGGACUAAUUGGCCAGGGAUAUAUAUGUGAAGUUUGUAAUUUUGUUGUUCAUGACCGUUGCUUGAAAACAGUUGUAUCUCCUUGCUCUACCAAUGCCAUUCAUGUUUUAAAGAAUCCUGUUCCACACUGUUGGACAGAGCCUGGCCAUCUGAAAAGAAAGUUUUGUAAUGUGUGUAGAAAAAGGAUAGAGGACAGCUGUGCUGUAAGAUGUGAAGUUUGUGAAUACAGUGUUCAUGUAGAGUGUCAUGACUUCAGUGUAGCCAACUGUAAAGAAUGUGCCACUUACCCAACUAGUAGAAAUCUUCCUUCUGUAACCCAGUUUCAUCACUGGAGGGAAGGAAACUUACCAGGAAACUCUAAGUGCCAUUUCUGUAAGAAAACAUGUUGGUCAGCUGAAUGUCUCUCUGGUAUUCGAUGUGAGUGGUGUAAUCUAAUGGCUCAUGCAACAUGUUAUAGGAAUCUUCCAGUAGAGUGUAACUUUGGAUGUAUGGCAAGUAUCAUGCUUCCACCAAGUUGUGUUAGCAUUCCACGCACGGAUGUACCUCUGGAGACAAUAAUGGGAGUUCAAACCAGAAGAAGAGAGACUUUUUCUCCUGCAAGGAGUGUAUCUGAAGAAUUCUCCUCUAGUGGAGACGUAAAGAACAAAGAAUAUGAUGAUUAUUCAUCUCCAAGAGAAAAAGACCGAGAAGAAGAAUUAAUCAGAGUAUAUGAUGGAAAUUCCUCUAUGAAGAGGUCAGCCUACAGGACAAUCAGUAUUUCUCAGAAAGCAAUGAAAGAACAAGUCAUUGGUGCAGCGUUAAGAGCAUUCCACAUCCACGAUGAUCCUAAUAAUUAUUAUUUGAUAGAUGUUUAUGACCCCAAUGAAAAAGAACUUGGGGACUUUCUACCAGUGCAGAGCCUAACACGGCGAGAAGGAAAAAGACCGGCUAUCUUCUUAAGGUAUCGCCCACCAGAACCAGAAAAGGGUUCUUUAAAAGUCUAUCCUGGUAAUUUAGGUGUAACUGAAACCUACGUCACUGUUUCUGUGACAGCUGACUCAAGUGUAGAAGAAAUUAUGGUGCAGGCCUUAGAAAAACUUGGUCUUGAUUCAACCAAUUUGAAUAAAUUUCGACUAAAUGAAGUUUCUCUGGACAGAGGCUCUGUCCAUGAAAGAAUUAUGGACAAUCAAGAGUGUCCAUGGGAACUUCUUAGGAACAUAGCCAGAGAAUCUAUUAGGCAAAUGAGCUUGACGAGGUUUUAUCUGCAACAGAAAGAUGAGUCUCCUGGUAUUACAGUAGCACUGUUUAUUGGCAAUCUCCCUCCAAACCUUUCGCAACGACAGUAUGAAAAGAUUCUCAUUGAUAUGCUGGGAAAACCCUACAGGUUCAAACAGAUUGGGCCAAUCUAUUAUGAAUAUGGCUCAUUGAUUGUCUCAUAUGACAAUGCAGACAUAGCAGUUAAGGCGUUUUACAUGCUGAGAGAAUGUAGUUUUGAUGAUAAAAAUCUUUUAGUCCUUCUUCUACCAAAUAUUACCCCAGAAAUGAUCCCACCAGGAAUUAGGCCAUUGUUAGUGUUCGUUAACGUAAAGAGUGGUGGCUGUCAGGGACUUGAGCUCUUAUCAUCGUUCAGAAAAUUGUUAAAUCCUUACCAAGUUUACGACCUUGAGAAUGGAGGACCUCUGCCUGGCCUGUAUGUGUUUAGACGAGUUAAAGACUAUAAGAUUCUGGUCUGUGGUGGAGAUGGUACAGUAGGCUGGACACUACAGUGUCUGGAUAAUGUUGGUCAAGACUCAGAGUGCUCGUCCCCUCCAUGUGCUAUCCUGCCUCUUGGAACAGGCAAUGACCUUGCUCGGGUUCUUCGUUGGGGUCCAGGCUACACAGGUGGAGAGGAACCGCUUACACUGCUCAAGGAUGUUAUUGAUGCAGAAGAGAUUAGAUUAGAUAGGUGGACUGUAGUGUUUCAUUCUGAUGAAAAAACAGAUGAUAAGCCUGGAAUUGUGACUAAUAGCUCUGGGUCCACAUCUGAGGACAAUACUGCCAUCUUUGUGAUGAAUAAUUACUUUGGAAUUGGAAUUGAUGCUGAUCUCUGUCUUGAUUUUCAUAAUGCUCGAGAAGAAAACCCUAACAAGUUUAACAGUAGACUUCAUAAUAAAGGAGUUUAUUUCAAAAUGGGCCUUAGGAAAAUGGUGGGUAGAAAAUUAUGGAGAGAUUUUAACAAAGAAGUCCGUCUUGAAGUGGAUGGUAAAAUUGUGGAUCUCCCUCCAGUUGAAGGAAUAAUCAUUCUUAAUAUUCUAAGCUGGGGAUCAGGUGCUAAUCCCUGGGGCCCUGAAAGAGAAGACCAAUUUUUGAAGCCUAACCACUAUGAUGGGAUGUUGGAAGUGGUUGGAGUUACAGGAGUAGUCCACAUGGGACAGAUCCAGAGUGGACUCCGGAAUGGCAUCAGGAUUGCCCAGGGAGGACACCUCCGAAUUCGUCUCAACUCUGAAAUGCCUGUACAAGUAGACGGUGAACCCUGGAUUCAGAGUACUGGGGAAGUUGUGGUUCUGCGUUCCGCUCUCAAGGCUACCAUGCUCAAGAAGGCUAAGAGCAAAAUCAAGAGGCGGAACACGGAGCCCAGCAUGCUUCUGUCAGGAACAGAGCCAGGAGCAUCUGCCUCCAUCCUAGUGAGCCAGACUGCAGGUCCCUUCUAGCUGCAAAUUUCUAGUACUCGCCCUUUCCUCUGUUUGCUGUGAUGUCACGUGAGCCAAAAUGCAGGUUCCUUCUAGUUCCAGACUUUAACCCUCGCUCCCUGUCUUUAUGUUUUCUUUUGUUGCUCUGAUCUUUAAGAGCCCUUGCUACUACUUACUGCAUUAAUUUAUCAUCCAAGCUUACACAGAACCUUUCACUGCAUCUUUUACUUUGUUUUUAAAGCAUGAUUCUCUUAUUCUUUUCUCUUUUUUCUUGUUAUUAAUUUUAUGAAAACCUACUUUCAUUAUCAUCUUCUUUGUAGAUGUGUCAUUUUUAAAUUCGUUUUUGUUUUGUAUAUAUAUAUAUAUAUUUAUAUAUUUCACUUAUAGCUGUAAUAUCCAAUAUUGACUGUGAUGUAAAAAAAAAGUGUAUUUUUUGUUGAAUAGGAGAAAUCAUUGUAUUUAAUGAUUAUCACAAUUGUUUGCCUGAACAGAAAGAAAAAAAUAGCUCCCUAAACUUUUAUGUACAUGAGUUGUGUUGCAACCAUAGACCAUAGAAGGUGAAAAUCAAGUGGAAUUGAAAUUUCUUAUAUAUGUUGCAUUGAAUUUGUUCUAGUAGAAAUAUGAUAUUUAUUCUGAAUGAAAGCUUUUGUACACAAAAGUAGAGAUUGAGAAAGGAAAUGUUUAUAAUUAUCAUCUUUGAGAUGGAUUCCUAGCAUGAAGAGAGCAGAUUAAAAUAAAAGUUUCCUUUACAGUUCUGUGUAGUCUCUCAAGUUUGUUUUUUUAUGUGAGACUUCACUGACAGAAGAGCUGGAUAUUACUUCUUCCUUAAGGGAUAUUGGUGUCCUUACAUUCUUUUAUAUGGAAAUACGUAUUCACUUGCAUAAGUGAAAUAUUCUCAAAGAGAAAAAUGUGAACUUUAUAUUUUCAUUGUUUGUGGAAAACCAUGAUUAAGGACCUUUUCUUUGAGUCAUUUGUAAUAGAGGUUUCGUCUCUUCUUGUUUGAAGCCAUGAAAAAAGAAUUGGUUAAUUAGUAGACUGUAAUUGAAUCUUUCAUUUUGUUUGAAGCUUUUCUUAAAUGAAAGAGCUAAUUAGAUAUUAUCUCUACUUGAGCGCAUCCUCUUUAAAAGAGUUUUGAUCAUCUUUCUUUUAGGAAGCUUCUGUAAAAAACAAACUUGGUAGACCUUAUUCCUUUACCUUUCAAAGGAAAAAUUGUGAUCUUAACCUGUGUUUUAUAUAUCCCAGAAAGAACAGCUACUGUAGGAAGACCUUCUUUAGGUCUUCAAGGGGGGGGGGGACAUUGUAUUAUUUACAGUUUAAAACUACACUAGAAGAAAGGCUACCCUAUUUGAGAGUUUUCUGAUAUAUAUAUAUAUAUUUACUGUCAUUAAGGUCUUCUUACAUGUACAUUCCUGAUUUUGUUUUAUUGUUUUAAUUUACUUGAAAAUUGAUUAGGAGACAUUAUUAUAUAAUUCCUGAUGAAGGAACAGUGGUCUUUUGUUUUGGUAGAAACAAGAACUGGAUAACUCCAAAAGUAAGACCUGUAGCAUUUUCAUUUGUUUUUUAAGCUGUAUAAAGAUAAUUGUGUAGAUCCUAGUUUAGCUUUAAAAAAAGGGUUAACUGUGUUUUUUUCAGUUGUUUCAAGUUUCUCUUGGUGAUCUAGUUUGUUAACGUAUGGGAAUUUACUGUGUGAAAGAUUUUUUUAAGUAAAGUUUAGUUUCUCAGUGUUUUGUUCAUUACAUCUAUUUAAAAUAUUCCUAAAUAAAUGUGUUUACUGACUAAUCAUUAAUUUUAAAUAAAGUCUUGCCAUAUGGAGACUUCACUACUGGUUAGUCUUUAUUAGAUUCCUUUGUAAGAUGUGUUUACUGGCUAUUCAUUACAUAUUGUUUUAUGUACCUAAUUGGACACGUUUCUUACUAGUCAUUAUAUUUGGCUAAAGAGAUGUGCACAAAGCUGAGAAAAGUAUUGCUCAUUUCUGGCAUUAUGGGACAUGUUUUAAGAUGCUUGCCUACAGUUUCAUGCAUUAUUUUGGAUCCCUGACCAUUACAUAGGUAAGCAGCAAGUGUUGGAAAAUAGGAGACCAUUGGAAAAUAUCUUAAUUGUUCAGUAACCCUUAGUAGGCUUGUAUUCAUCGCUUUAAGAUAUUCCUUUAUUAGACAUGUUUACUGGCUAGUCAUUAAAUCUGAUAAAAAAUACUUCUCUUUGGAAACAUGUGUACUAACUAGUCAUUAUAGGUGGUUAAGAUAUACGUAUGUAAAGACAUGUUUACUGGCUAGUCAUUACAUCUGGUAAAGUUUCUUCUAUUUGGAAAUGUUUAUUAUCUAGUCAUUACAGGUGGUUAAGAUAUAUGUAUGUAAAGACAUGUUUACUGGCUAGUCAUUACAUCUGGUAAAGUUUCUUCUAUUUGGAAAUGUUUAUUAUCUAGUCAUUAUAGGUGGUUAAGAUAUACGUAUGUAAAGACAUGUUUACUGGCUAGUCAUUACAUCUGGUAAAGUUUCUUAUAUUUGGAAAUGUUUAUUAUCUAGUCAUUAUAGGUGGUUAAGAUAUACGUAUGUAAAGACAUGUUUACUGGCUAGUCAUUACAUCUGGUGAAGUUUCUUAUAUUUGGAAAUGUUUAUUAUCUAGUCAUUACAGGUGGUUAAGAUAUAUGUAUGUAAAGACAUGUUUACUGGCUAGUCAUUACAUCUGGUAAAGUUUCUUCUAUUUGAAAAUGUUUAUUAUCUAGUCAUUACAUUUGGUUAAGAUAUACCUAUGUAGAGACAUGUUUACUGGCUAGUCAUUACAUCUGGUAAAGGUACUUCCAUUUGGAAAUGUUUUUUAUCUAGUCAUUACAUUUGGUUAAUACAUACCUAUGUAGAGACAUGUUUACUGGUUAGUCAUUUCAUCUGGUAAAGGUACUUCUAUUUGGAAACAAGUUUACUAUCUGUUUAUUAUAUGCGGUUAAUAUAUACCUAUGUAGAGACAUGUUUACUGGCUAGUCAUUACAUUUGGUAAGGUUUCUUCCAUUUGGAAAUGUUUACUAUCUAGUCAUUACAUUUGGUUAAUACAUACCUAUGUAGAGACAUGUUUACUGGCUAGUCAUUUCAUCUGGUAAAGAUACUUCUAUUUGGAAACAAGUUUACUUUACAGUCAGUACAUUUGGUUAAUAUAUACCUAUGUAGAGACAUGUUUACCGGUUAGUCAUUUCAUCUGGUAAAGAUACUUCUAUUUGGAAACAAGUUUACUUUAUAGUCAGUACAUUUGGUUAAUAUAUACCUAUGUAGAGACAUGUUUACCGGUUAGUCAUUUCAUCUGGUAAAGAUACUUCUAUUUGGAAACAAGUUUACUUUACAGUCAGUACAUUUGGUUAAUACAUACCUAUGUAGAGACAUGUUUACUGGCUAGUCAUUUCAUCUGGUAAAGGUACUUCUAUUUGGAAACAAGUUUACUAUCUGUUUAUUACAUGUGGUUAAUACAUACCUAUGUAGAGACAUGUUUGCUGGUUAGUCAUUUCAUCUGGUAAAGAUACUUCUAUUUGGAAACAAGUUUACUUUACAGUCAGUACAUUUGGUUAAUAUAUACCUAUGUAGAGACAUGUUUACUGGCUAGUCAUUUCAUCUGGUAAAGAUACUUCUAUUUGGAAACAAGUUUACUAUCAGUUCAUUACAUGUGGUCAAGAUAUAUACCUUUGUAGAGAUGUGUUUUCAUUACUUCUAAGAUACUCCUAUAAUGAAAUUUGUUUCUAAGUGUUCAGCAUAUCGGCUUGAGAAUUGCUAAAGGAAUUUUGAUUCAUUCCUACUAUUUUUUUAACAGUCCAAAGGUUAAGGCUGGUCAAUGGGAAACUUGCAUGAAUUUAUUCAAAGAUAGCUUUGUCACUAAUGUAAUUUCUUGCUGGCUCAGGAGAUUGCUUACUUGUAUUCUAGAUUUAUGAGAAAUACUAGUGACAUUAGAGGGGAGAGAGAACUUGUGAGCCAACAUGGCUCCUGAUUUUAGUAUUAUUGUUUUAAAGAUAUGUUUUUUUAUAUUUUGUCAUUUUUGUCAAGCUGGACUAAAGAUCUUGGUUACUUCAUUAGGCCUAUUGUCACUUUUUAAAGAUUAAUUAUCUACAAUCUUGUUUAAGUGUUCUAUAGAAUAAAAAUUAUUAUCAUGUCCUUACUGUAAAACACCAAACUCAAUUCCUGAAUAUCAUAAAAUCUGUUUCAAAAAGUCCAUUGUAUUACAAAAGCUACAAUGAGAUGUGAAUAAAGUAACAGUAUUAAGAGAUUCUACUUUUUCUAUAUUCCUGUAUUUAUGUUACAUAUUAAAGUUGUGGAGCUAUUUUUCAUAAUUCCUCUACAUCACAGUCUGUUUUAGUUGACUAACCUUGCAGCAUGCUCCCUGAAACCAUUGAAAAGAAUGCAUAGUUAGUUAUUAUGUACAGAUGUGUAAUGCAUAGUUAGUAUUUAUGUACACAUGAUCAUUCAUAUACAGCUUUUCUCUACAAAUUUGCAGUUAAAGUAACAAUGACCAAAUGCCACUGAGACACCUGUAUGAUACAUUUUUUAUCCAUUGAUAGUAUCUCUAAUAGCUGAAACAAGAACAAAUGUAUCACAUUAUUUUUAUCAUGUGUAGCACUUUUGUUGAGAACAUUAGAUAUCCUGUUACAGUUGUAUAUGUAUAUAUUACUUCUGUUAAGUGUGUGGAGGUUACUUCUUAAUCCUUUGUCUAUUCUAAAUGAUUAGGAACUUGAAAACAUCACUCAUUAUCAGAAAAACUACUAAUAAAGUGAUGAUGUUGAUCAUGUAUACAUGGCACCAAUCUUCUUCAAGAAAGAUAUCAGUAUUUUAAUGCCUUUACAACAUUUAAAAAACAUAUGUUGCAUUAGGUAUUGAAUUUGUUUUACCAUACUACUGUUAGAUAAGACAGAUACACAGUCAUUGAUGUCACUGUACGUGUUAAAGAAUUAUUUGUUAAGUAAGACUCCAUUGCAAGACUACAGAAGGAUUAUUAUUACGUUGUAAUAACUUAAUUACUUUUGUUAUAUCUCUGUUCUAGAUCACAGCAACUUGUCAUUAUAUUUGUUAAAACUUUUACGUAUAUAUCGCUGAAUUUGAUUGAUUAUGCACUAUGUGACUACAAUAGAUCUAGUUACCUUCUUUUGUUAUAAAAUAAUUUACAUCACUGAAUUAAAUCUUGUGCCUACAGCCAGUACAGUUCAUUAUUUCAUUACAAAAACAAGAAAUUUAGCAAAACCAAUCUAUAAUUUACUAUAGAUCCAGCUAUAUUAUUGCUUUACAAAAUGUUGUUUAUUGAGUAGAAUGUCGAGAGUGGCCCAGUGGUUAGCAUGCUGGAUUUAUGGGUUUGCUGCUCAUCAAUCACAUCCUAUUAUUGCAAUACAAAAUCAUAUUUCACAAUUUGAAAGCAUGCAUCUAUUUUAAAGAUGAUGAUCAUAUUACACUAUUCAGUCAGAUAAGUUAGUGUGGUGGGUGCUAUUGGCUAAAUGCCUUUUCUCUAGUCUAUCACUGAUAGUGCUUGAUUAGCUUUGCAUGAAUAUCUGAAAAGAAAUGAAUACAAAACAUGCAAUAUUAAGUACAAAUGUAGUGUAAAUAUACAUUUUUUGAUCAUAGACAAUUCAAUUAAAAAUCAGUUUAAAUAUUUUAUAGCUUUAUAUUAUACAUGCAUUCCUUAUUUUAAUAGGACCAAUCUAAGUAUACACAAUAACCAUAGUGUUAUGUUGUUGCUUUAAGAAAUAGCAUUUUUUUAUUUUUCAGGACCAACCUAAAUACAUACACUAACCAUAAUAGAUCUAGUGAUGUUGUUGCUUUAAGAAAUAGCAUUGUUUAUUUAGUAGGACAAGUCUAAGAAUGUACACAUACACAUUAACUAUUAUAUAUGUAGUUAUAAUGUUGCUUUGCAAAAUAGCAUUUUUUAUUUAGUAGGACCAGUAUAAGUAAAAACCAUCUGACCUUAGUAACUCAAGUUGUUUUUAUUAAUUAUGAAAUAAUAAAAUUCUGAUUGUAAAAUUACUUAAAACGUAGUAAGAACAGGUUAUUCUGAUGAAAUAUGACAAAGAAAGACUUCACUGUUAUUGAUUAAUAAAUAUAGGUUGUUGUGGAAAAUAGCAAGCAUGAUUUAUGAUAUCAAAUAUUUGUAAGAACUUGUACUAAGCUAACUGUGUCUAAAUUAUUUUUGGCAUUCUUUGUAUUAUAAAUUGUUUAACUGCUCAUAUACAGAAAAAAACAUUUUAAAAUUAAUCGUAAAGUGUUGCCAACAUUGCAGGUGUUAAGAAUGUGUCUAA